AUGGAUCCACCUCUGGAAGCAGGUCAGGUUUCACCUGAGAAUACAGUUCAGGAUUCAGCAGAGGAUAUCAAGACAGCAGUGGCUACUCUGGAACCUCCGCCAACUAUCCAUAUAUCAAACUAUCGGAUCUCACAUGUUUACUUGAAUUUCAGGCCCAUGACAUAUUAUGCCCACGUUACAAAGACCAUCUACGAUCUCAAUCGGCUCAGGAUUCCGUUGGAACACAGAAAUGAAGUGGAAGAGAAGAGGUCCGGAAGCGAACCAAAAGAUGUCAACCAGGAAAAAGGGAAAAUGGACGUGCUUGGUGUCAGUGACAGAUGGACCUGCGAUUACAAGUGGCUUGUCACUUUUAUGGGUUCGUAA